CGAUGCAAAUUCGACGGUGAAGCUUUGUUAGUCCCACCUUUUUGUGUUUCCCGCACCGUCAAUCAAAAUAGAAAAAAAUCGUCCCGAAUUCACCGAAUCAACACUAGCCCGCCUUUGAUAAAAUAAUCAUGUUCGGAGUUUAGUUCAUCUGGUAAUCUUUCCGCUUACUACCAUUCACGAUAUGACUGGUACGUAAAGAUUUAGCGCAUCGAAUCUGCAACUAAUCGGUGAGUUUGAGCGCUGCGGCGGAGUGAGCUGCGUCUUUUUAUCGCUAGCGCUAAUGCUAACUAGCUAGAUAUGGUUAGCUAACAGAGCUAGCUGGCUGGCCUCGGAGUUGACAAAGUAAACAGUCGAUCUGGGCCCAAAACGCCCGAGAAUCCCCGCUGCAAAGUAGAUUUUUUCAGCUGUCAGCUCCUUUUGGAUUGGAGAGUGGGGAUGCUUUGUGGGCUUUUCUGGCAAGCAGGAGUUGAAGAUUACAGAGUUUUGCUGAGUUUCCCCCCCUCUCCCUGUUAGCGCCAGAGCAGCCUCUGAAACAAGGAGAAAUGGCGUCCGCGGACGUGGACAGCAGUCAAAGCGAGUUUCUGCAAGCCGGCGGCGCAGCGGAAACCCAGGCGUCAGAUAUGUCUGCCGUCCAGCUGACCGCUUCCAACCGAUGGGAAGUUUUAACCCCCGUUUCGUCUGGGAAGGAAGACCAAGGAGUUGUCCACAUUCCAAACUCUGGGAUUGUCACAUCCAACGGACAGUACGUGCUUCCAAUCGGGAGUCUUCCCAGCCAACCCAUUUAUGUUACAGCAUCGGGGAGUGAGGCUGCUCCCAACGGGAUGUCGGGCAUUCAGUAUCAGGUCAUCCCCCAAAUCCAAAAUGUGGACGGGACAAUUGCGGGAUUCCAGACGCAAGGGUUGGACGACGGUACAGGGCAGAUACAGCUGCUCCAAGAUGGCAGCCAGGGCGCCAUUGGGAUUAGCGGUGCAACUACGACAACCUCAGAUCUCCUGACACAGGCGGGUCAAGUUCAGUCGAUCCAAGGCGUCUCGUUGGCUGGAGGUUCUGCCUACACGGGCACCGUACCCGUAGGGCUGCCCGGCAACAUAACGUUCGUCCCCAUAAACAGCGUGGACCUGGAGUCUCUGGGGCUGACGGGGGCUCAGACGGUCCCCAUUGCAACGGGGGUGACCCCAGAGGGCCAGCUGAUCAUGAGCGGCCAGACGCUGGAGAGUCAGGGACAAGACGGCGGUGCCAAACAGAGUGAUGCCAACGCCAACCAAGAUCUCUAUGUGCCAACCACCACCGCCGCUGCAGGCGCCGCUUCUUCUUCCAACUCCUCUCAGCUUCCGGAAACCAUCGACGGCACCGGGGUGCUGACCCAGGCGACCGCCGUGUCUGCAGGCGUGUCUGAUCCCUCAUCCUCAGAAAACUUCCACUCCCACAACCACAUGCAGCAAAUCCAGGUUUCAUCGUCCAGCGCCACCACAAUCUCCCAGCCCAUCCUGCAGCUGUCCGGAGACAGUCAGGCGCAGGUGGCGCAGGCCCAGGACCUGACCGCCUCAGGUCAGACUCUGCAGAGCGUGCAGCUGGUCAAUCCCGGGACCUUCCUCAUCCAGGCCCAAACCGUUACAGCUACCGGACAGAUCCAAUGGCAAACCUUUCAGGUUCAGGGCGUCCAGUCACUCCAGGGCCUUCAAUUACCCCAGGGGCAGGGCCAGGCGCAGCAGUUGACCCUCGCCCCGGUCCAGACCCUUCCAUUAACCCAGACAGGCCAGGUCAGCCUGCCCAACCUGCAGACGGUCACCGUAAACUCUGUGUCGCAAUCUGGAAUUCAGUACACACAGGGAGAGAACUCCGGCAGUCCUGUUGGUAUUCAGAUAAAAGAGGAGCCGGACUCAGAGGAGUGGCAGCUGAGCGGAGACUCCACGCUGAACCCCAGCGACCUGAACAACCUGCGGGUGCAGAUGGGAGACGAGGACAUGGAGACUCCCAGCGGGGAGGGCAAGAGGCUCCGCAGGGUAGCCUGCACCUGCCCCAACUGCAAAGAGUCCGGAGGAAGAGGCUCCGGCAUGGGGAAGAAGAAGCAGCACAUCUGCCACAUCGCCGGCUGUGGGAAGGUGUACGGGAAAACGUCUCACCUGAGAGCUCACUUGCGCUGGCACAGCGGAGAGAGGCCCUUCGUCUGCAACUGGGUGUACUGUGGGAAGAGAUUCACCAGGAGCGACGAGCUGCAGAGGCACAGGAGGACACACACAGGAGAGAAGAGGUUCGUGUGCAUGGAGUGCGCCAAGAGGUUCAUGCGGAGCGACCACCUGGCCAAGCACAUAAAGACUCACCAGAACAAAAAGGGCGUGGCUCCCUCCACCACGUCCCCGCCCACCACGGACACCGUCAUCACCGCCGACGGAACCACGCUCAUCCUCCAGACCACCACUGCCCACGACCUCGUAGCCAAUCAGGAGAUCCCUCUGCAGCUGGUCACCGUGGCGCCGGGUGAGGUCAUGGAAUAAGAAGGGGGAGGGGCACCUUUUUCCCCCACAAACUGGCCAAUCACAGGGACCUCUUGGGCUUUUCUCCCCCUCUUACCUUCUUUUGGGUUUUUUUUUUUUUUUUUUAAAUAUGAAUAUAUACGUAAAUAUAUAUGACAAAUAUAUAUAUAUUUUAAGUGAGAGUUAUCUUACUUUGUUUUUUGCAGUCUUUUUAUAGGGGGGCAAAAAGAACAUUAAAUUGUGGUUGCUAUGUAUACAAGCGUAAACAAACACAAAAAAGUUAACACUCAAAACCCAACAUGAAUACUCAAGAAGAUGAAAUGCCUUAAUUUGUAUGAUACUCUUGUAUAAGAUGCUGGAGGUGCAUGUGUUUUUAAGCUUUGCAGGAAAUGUAACUGUAAUAGAGUUAAUCGUGUUUGUAAAAAGAGCGGGCGGACUGGCGGUAGAACCUCAGCGGGAUCAUGUUUUUCCGUUCUGACUGAACCCUCUCUCUGCUUGAAGCAGCGCAGCCCCAACUCGACGUCUGUUUUUAGUGCAGCUCCUAUGGAAACUCACAUUUUAGACUAAAAGAUCGUUUUUUUUAAAAUGUUUCUUGAAUUUGUGCUACAAUUCAAAACUGCAAAAAAAAAAAAAAAAAAAUGAAAGCCUUUAAUAAUCAGUGGGAAGCAGGUUUCCCAUGAUGCACUGCUGCAAGCAGAGCGCAGGUGUCGGUCAGAACCGGACGGCGGUGCCACAGUUAGCAGAUCUGAAGAGGGAAAACACGGAUGCAAGCCGCUCAGAGGAAGGAAGAGCUUCUGAGCAGAAUGUCCCAUCUGUCCUCACGAGCACACCGUCCUUUUCGUUCGGUUUUUUAUUUUUCUCCUGUAUUUUUGUUGUAAAUUCACCUCGUGUCUCAGUUUUCCGCGUCUCGAUGUUGGUCCGGACAGCGAUUGUUUUCAAGGCCCAGAGUGAAGUCAGCUGCUGCGGGGGGGAGAGCAUGCACUAAUGUUGCCGUGUGGAGUAAACUCAGUCCAGGCCGGUUUAUAUUAUUUUUUUAUUUUAUGUCAACGAUCAUUCCAGUUGGACACCACAUAAAAAAUGAAAUAGUUUUGUAAAAAAAA